GAUGUAUCGCCAGUGCAACCUGGCCUCAGACGGCUGAACGAAAGAUCUAAUCCAGUGUCAAGAAAGGGACAAACGCAGCUGUUUUAUUGCGGUAUCUAUCUGGCUGCCUCCGCUCAUUUCGACAAACGGGAACUGUCUUUGAGAAACUGUCGCCUUCUCUAUCAAACCAAAUAUUCUUUCUUUCCAAACCAGUACACCGUAAUCUGAUAUCUCACGUGGUUUUCGAAGUCAGAUCGACAAACGGACACAUUGGAAUGCAUUCAUAGAACAGACUUAGAGAACCGAGUUGCGAGUCGCGAAGCAAGUUAAAGAAGCGCUCUCCCACUUUCCAUUCAUUUCCAAAAUGGUGCCAGCCAGGGCCAGCCCUCGCUUCCGCCUGCUUCAGAAGAUCGAGCCUGACUACUGUCCGAGCAAGAUCACCCAGUAUGAAUCAGAGCGUACCGGCAUGAGAGUGGUCGUGGUGGACCAGGAAGGGCCUAAAUUGCAUGGCUUCUUCGUCUUGGCGACCGAGAUCCAUGAUGAUUCUGGAGCACCUCACACGCUAGAACAUCUGUGCUUCAUGGGCUCAAAGAGUUACAAGUACAAAGGGUUCUUGGACAAAUUGGCCACUCGAGCGUAUGCCGGCACCAAUGCGUGGACGGCCACCGACCACACCGCGUACACUCUUGAAACGGCGGGUUGGGCCGGAUUCGCACAAAUCCUGCCCGUGUAUCUUGAACACGUCAUCCUCCCAACACUGACAGACGCGGGCUGCACGACAGAAGUGCACCAUAUCGACGGCAAUGGCAAUGACGCAGGCGUCGUCUACUCGGAAAUGCAGGGUGUACAGAAUACCGCCUCGGAAUUGAUUGAACUGCGGUCGAAGAGGAUUGUGUACCCUGAAGGAGUGGGUUUUCGCUAUGAGACUGGAGGUAUGAUGGAACAGCUUCGUGUUCUUACGGCUGAGCGGAUACGAGAAUUCCAUCGCGAUAUGUACCAGCCUCGGAAUCUAUGCCUGGCACUGUUCGGUGAGAUCGAUCACCAGGAGCUCCUGGCCAUCUUGGAUGAAUUCGAGACUUCCAUCAUGUCCGACAUUCCAAGCCCAGACGCUCCUUUCAAACGACCCUGGAUCGAGUCCAAGCACGCGCCUGCCUUGACAGAGUCUACGAUGGCACGUGUUGAAUUUCCCGAGGAGGAUGAGUCCUACGGAGAGAUUGAUAUUCGUUUCCUGGGCCCGGAUUGUUCGGACCUGGUCUCUUCAUCAGCGCUCAAUGUGGCGCUUCUGUACCUCGCUGGCUCGUCAGCCGCGGUGCUCGACAACACGCUUGUGGAGAAAGAACACUUGGCAAGUGGUGUAUACUACCAGGUCGACAGCCGGCCUCGCACGGAGAUUGCAUUCUCCAUGUCCGGCGUCGAGACCAAACGUCUGCAACAUGUGGAGAAAAGAUUCUUCGAGGUCCUGGCAGAGGCUAUGCAGUCACCCUUGGACAUGAAUUUCAUGCAGGACUGCAUCGAUCGACAAGUGAGGACUUACAAGUUCAACGCCGAGGCUUCACCAACAGCAUUUGCCGACUACAUUAUCUCGGACUACCUCUACGGCAAGCGGGAUGGUUCGACACUCGACAUGAUCAAGUCAUUGGAGCAUUUUACGAAGACGUUGACAAGUUGGAGCGAGCAGCAGUGGAAGGAUUUCAUCAAGCGGUACAUUUCUGACGCUCCUCAUGUUUCCAUCCUCGGUGUCCCAUCAGCACGACUGUCUGACCAACUGAAGACCGACGAAGCCUGCCGGAUUGAGGAGCAGAAGAAGAGACUGGGUCCAGACGGCCUGAAGAAGAUGCAGGAGAAACUCGACGCUGCCAAAGCCGAGAAUGACCGGGAAAUCCCACGAGAACUCCUGGGACAGUUUAAAGUACCCCCGACUGAGUCGAUCCAUUUUGUUACGACCUCUGGUGCUCGCGCGGGGUUGGCACUUGAAGUCGGCAAGCCACAUAACAAGUACCAGAAAAUCAUUGAUGCUGAUGCUGGGGAUGUGCCCUUGUUCCUUGACUUUGAACAUAUUCCGACCAACUUCGCCCGGGUCAACUUGAUCAUCUCCACCGAGACGCUUCCCGACGAACUCAGGCCGCUGUUAUCAAUCUACAUGGAAGCCUUCUUCAACUUGCCUCUCAAACGUGGUGACAAGGUCAUUGAUUUCGAACAAGUCGUGAUCGAGCUCGAGCGGGACACGGUCGGCUACAACAUCGACUCGGCGGGCAGCCUGGGCAACAACGAAGGCAUACGAGUCAGUUUCCAAGUCGAGAUCGAACGGUACGAAGUCGCAAUCAAAUGGCUGACCGAGCUGCUGUACAACUCCGUGUUCGACUGGGAGCGGCUGAAGGCCAUCAACACGCGUCUUCUGGCCGAUGUGCCCGACGCAAAGCGUAGCGGCGACGAUAUGAUGGUCGCUGUGCGGCUUAUGACCCACCUCGCGCCGAAAUCAAUAGGUCGUGCGCGGAGCACGCUCGUCAAGGCUUUGUACUUGAAACGCAUCAAGCAAUUGCUAGCUGUCGAUCCGACUGAAGUUGUGGACCAGCUCGAGCGGUUGCGCGAGCAUAUGUGUCGCUUUGAAAAUUACCGCCUUCUGGUGAUCACUGAUCUGGACAAGGUGCAAGAGCCGGUGAGCGCGUGGAAGCCAUUCCUCGAGGGCAUGCAGACCAAGACCAAGACAGAGCUCAAGCUCAAUCCGAUCGGGAAGCGAAUCGAUCGACUGAGCGAGGCGGGCAGGAACCCUGGACAGUUGGCCUACGUCGUGCCGAUGCCGACAAUCGACAGCUCGUUCGCAUAUGCGGCAGCGAGGGGCCCCACGUCUUGGGACGAUCCAGCAAUGCCGGCUGUCAUGGUCGCCAUGGCGUAUAUGAAUGCCGUCGAGGGGCCCUUGUGGGUGGCUGUCCGAGGGACGGGCCUCGCGUACGGCACCAACAUGGGCUACGAUAUCGAUAGUGGGUAUGUGCAUCUGGAUGUGUACCGGUCGCCGGACGCGUGGAAGGCGUUCGAGGCGAGUCGAGAGGUUGUGCGCGGCCAUAUGGAUGGGAGGAUUGAAUUUGAUCCGCUGAUGCUGGAGGGCGCGAUCAGUAGUAUCGUCGUGGCAUUCGCCAAUGAGCAGCAGACGUUGGCCAGUGCGGCGGCGGCGAGCUUUAUCCGCGCGGUCAUGAAAGGCCUGCCGGAGGAUCAUAUGGAGACGUUGUUGAAGAAGGUUCGGGACGUGGGCGUGGAGGACAUCAAGAAGGCUUUGAGGGGUGUGGUGUGGAAUAUGUUCACCCCAGGACGCGCGGAUGUCUUUGUUACGUGUGCGACGGGGUUGAAGGAGGCUAUUUCGGAUGGGUUGAAGGGAGCCGGGUUCAAGCCCGAGAUCCGGGAUUUGACUUACUUCCAGGAUGAUUAUGGGUUGAAAGCUGUCGAUGGUGAGGACGGGGAAGAGGAGGAUGUCGAGGUUGAGAGUGAUGGAGAGGGAGAGUCGAUUGAUAUCGAGGGCAGUGAGGGCUAUGAGAUGAUCGAGGGCGACGACGACGAUGAUGCCUGAGGGGAAUAGAUUCGGAAAGAACCACUUGAUAUUGGCAGCGAGGUCAACCCUGGCUAGAUGGUAGAUUUCGGGUCAGUCGAAGCAUGGAAGAAAAAGAUAGUUGAAGCUCUCCAGCAGUUCAAGACGUAUGAAUGUUGAAUGUGAAAUGACCAAGAAACUUGAA